AUGCACAAGAUGGAGCUGGGAGACAGCGUGUACGCCGCUGAGCGUAUCAUAAGGAAGAGAAUUAGAAAGAACAAAGUCGAGUAUUACGUGAAAUGGAAAGGGUGGAAACCGAAGCACAACACUUGGGAGCCGGAGGAGAAUAUCCUGGACCCACGGCUCAUACAGAGCUUCGAGCGCGGCGAGGAGCAUCGCCGCCAGGGCAGGCGGCGCGAGCGCGAGCACUCGCCCGCCGAGCGCGCGCGCAGCGGCUCCGAGGAGUGCCACCCGCCGCCCGGCAAGCGCAAGGCCGAGGUGCUGUCGCGCGAGUCUGGCAAGAUCGGCGUCACCAUCACCAUGAGUCCGCCGGCUGCCAAGCGGCACGACUCUACGAAGCUGAACGGCAGCCGCACUUCCCACAGCACGCACACCACGCACACCACGCACUCCGCGCACACCGCGCACGCCGUGCAGCCUCCCCCGCCCGCCGCGCCACCUGGUGGAGCUGCAGCGCCCGCCUCGCCUGCUGCUGAAGCUGCUGCACCUAGAACAGGUCCCAGACGAGCACCACAUUCCCCAGAAGAAGCUGAUGCUCACACUCCUCCGGAACGCGAAAGACGCACGGAAACACAACCGACAGCCACUGCCCCGGCGGAACCCAAAGGUGCACAACCACCUCCACCAGCCGAGCCGCAGCCCGAGGAGGAGGAGGACUCGUGGGGGGACGCACCUGUCGCGGUGCCGGCACCGGCGCCAGCGCCCGUGGCGCCCCGACGUGGCGCCGCCUACUGGAUGGCGCGGUCCCCUGUUGCCGAUCAGAUUUUUAUCACCGACGUCACCGUCAACCUACAAACAGUCACGAUACGCGAGUGCCGCACUGAAAAGGGAUUCUUUAGGUCUCGCGAACAACGGCCGCUCGAUGUCACGUAA